UGUGCAGGUGCUACACUUGUGGUUUCUGGUGAUGGCCGAUACUAUUCGAAGGAUGCUAUCCAGAUCAUUACAAAAAUGGCAGCAGCAAAUGGAGUAAGACGUGUUUGGAUUGGCCAAAAUGGACUUUUGUCCACUCCUGCUGUAUCAGCUGUUGUUCGUGAGAGAGUCGGGGCUGAUGUAAGUACUUUGCCUCUAGAGCUACAUCAGAUUGCUUUAUUCAUAUUUCCCUUUCCUUUUCAAUAA